GCUGCGGGACGAGAGGGCGGGCUCCUCCCGGAGAUUAAAAGCAGCCAAUCAGAGCGCGCCGGCUUCAUUCGGAGAGCGGCGUGGGGCGUCGCCGCCGCCGCCGCGCGCGCCGGGGGCUGGUUAAGGCCAUGAAACAAAAGAAACCCUGAGAGGGGAGCCGCUGCCGUCCCCACCCACCCACCUAGUUCCCUACCUCGGCUCCGUUCCCGGCCCCUCCACCCCGCCCUCGCGCGCUCCGGCGGCCCUGGCGCUCCUCAGCCCGGGGCGCGGGCGCCGCCGCCUCCCCCGAGGAAAGGUGUUUGCGCGCUGAGCAGGGCCGGGGCCCUGUCCGCCAUGGGGCCGGCUGCUCGCCGCGCCUGACGCUCCCGCCGCCGCCGCCGCCGCCAUUGACAGCGCGCCGCCGCGAUGCCAAGCGGCAGCUCCGCGGCCCUGGCCCUGGCCCUGGCGGCGGCCCCGGCCCCCCUGCCGCAGCCGCCUCCGCUGCCGCCGCCGCCGCCCGCGGGAGGCCCAGAGCUCGAAGGGGACGGGCUGCUGCUGAGGGAGCGCCUGGCCGCGCUAGGCCUCGACGACCCCAGCCCGGCGGAGCCCGGCGCCCCGGCGCUCAGGGCCGCGGCGGUGGCGGCGGCGGCGGCGGCGCAGUGCCAGGCCCGGCGGGCGACCGGGCUGGCUCCGGAGGAGCCUGGCCGCCUCGCGACCUCCGAGACGGCGGAGCUGGAGCUGGAGGUGGACGAAGAGGAGGGGGAGGAAGCGGAGCUGGACGGAGAACUGCUGGAGGAGGAGGAGCUGGAGGAGGCAGAGGAGGAGGACCGGCCGUCGCUGCUGCUGUUGUCGCCGCCCGCGGCCACCGCCUCCCAGACUCAGCCGAUCCCGGGCGGGCCCCUGGGGUCGGUGCUGCUGCCGGCCGCGGGCUUCGAUGCCCGGGAGGCCGCGGCGGCAGGGGUGCUGUACGGAGGGGACGAUGCCCAGGGCAUGAUGGCGGCGAUGCUGUCCCACGCCUACGGCCCCGGCGGCGGCGGGGCCGCCGCUGCCGCCCUGAACGGAGAGCAAGCGGCCCUGCUGAGAAGGAAGAGCGUCAACACCACCGAGUGCGUCCCCGUGCCCAGUUCCGAGCAUGUCGCUGAGAUUGUCGGACGCCAGGGUGCCUGCAGAGACUAGAGUCAGAUACCCUUGGAGUUGAAAGCACAAGCCGCCUGAUGUGGAUGCUGGGAACUGAACUCAAGUCCUGAGCCAUCUCUUCAUCCUUCCUCUCCAUGGACCAGUUUUAAUAAUGAUGAAGACUGGCGGAGCAUUUGACCUCCUGUUUUACUCCCAGGAGCGUGGCCUUUUCCAUAUGUUAAAUUAGUCUUAUUACUGUUGUUGUGUUUUGUAAGUGUUGUAUUUAUUGUGAAACUAACAGUUGUAAUAAAUUUUACUAAUUAUAUUUAAUAGGAUAAAUUAGAAAUUAAGAGAUAUAUCUUUAAAUAUAGACAACAAAAUAAGUCUAAGGCUGAGAAGCUGACUCAGGAGGUAAAAUGCUUACUUCACAAGCAUGAAGUUCUGAACUGAAAUCCCUAGCAUCCAUGUAAAAAGCUAGAUCUGGUGCCAUAUGGCUAUAACCCUAGCUCUGAUCCUGGAGACUUGCUAACCAGCUAGUCGAGCCAUCGAGCUCCAGGUUCAGCAAGAGACCCUGCCUCAAAAAACAGAGUGAAGAACCAUAAAGGAGGACAUACACCAUCAGCCUCCAGCCUCCACAUGGGCGCACAGGCGUGCACACACUAAAAAUAUUUGUAAGAUCUCAUUUUAUAAAUAUGAAAUAUCUCCGUUUUUAAGUGUAGUUCCUGCAAGACAUUAAUAGUUGACAGGUUUGACUGAAGACAACAGGUUUUAUUAUAAUUUACACAGUUGCUACUCUCCAGUAAGUCUAAAAAGAGACUUAUAGUAGAACUCUAAAUAUUCUUUACUAUCAAUAUUAAAUGCCAUAAAUUGAGUUUCAGAUAAGUGUUCAUUUUCAGCUACUUUUGAUAUGACUUUAAUUGAUAGUAUGUUUUUUACCUAAUAGAUCUCGAAAAGUUUUUUUAAUUGUAUACUCUUUUCCCCCCAAAAAAAGUUGUACCACAUUAUACAGUUUAUACAUACCACAGUAUAAUCUAUACUAAGAAAAAUGUACAUCAUACAAAAAUUUUAACAAAUAAGAUAAAAUGAAAAAUUUUUUUUAAAUUUUUAUCUGUGUGAUGAUGCUCUUAUAUUCUAGAUGUCACUGAGGUCUAGACCAUUUAGAAAACUUCCUCAUUGACUGAACUGUCUUGGUAACCACUCAUCUCCAGUGACUGUGUAUUAGGGGAGGUGGGGGAAACCUUCCCAAUGUUUCAAGUUGUGGGUAGUAUUUGAUUAGGAGAAACCGAGUACUUGCUGGUCUUGCUGUGCAUAGAUUUCCCAUUGAGAAGUACAUAUUUAUUUCACUAAAGAAUUUCAGAACAACGCUAAAAUCAUACUGUCUUCCUUCCCUACUCCCACCACCACCCUCUUUGGGGAAAGGGGUUGUUUUUUAUUUCUUUGCUAAAAUACUACUGGAUAUUUUACCAGUGCCAUGUAACUGUUAAGACAUUUUGCAGAUGUUGAACCUGAGGUUCUAAAAGAUAGUUUAGUACAUCUAGGUUUAGGCCAGUUUAAACAGUAUUAUUUUCACUAUUAGUAAUUUAAAUUCAAGUGAAAUUUUUGAAAAAAAAAAAACUAAAUAUGUUUGCAGUUAACAUUUUCUAGGGAUAUAGGCCAGUGGUAGAGGAUUUACCUACCAUUGGUGAGAUGAGAAAGAAGAGAAGAAGAAAGAGAUCCUGUUUUAGGAAACACCAAAUAAGUACUUAAAUCAUGAUUAAAACUGCCAUUUUGUUUUGUUUUGUUUUGGAAAUUUUAAAAGUGUUUUUCUUUGUGAAGGCUUCUGGCUAUGUAGUCCUAGGCUAGCUUCCUGCCUCAGCUUUUAAGUUAAGAUACCACUAGUUACUAUAUAGAGAUUUGCAAAAUGCGAUAUGGUGAUUAAUAAAGGCUUUUAAACUACUUUUUUUUUUUUAUUCCAGGCUUGCUUCCAGUCAGACUUAAGAUCUCUCUCCCAGCCUUAUGAGUGCUAGGAUUACAAGCAUAUUAUCAUACCCAGACAAUUUUCUAAUACUAGAAUUAGCAAGCUCAACUAAGUUAAAUAUAUGCAUAGCAUAAUGCUGUUUGAAUAGUUGUCUGUGGCCUAUUUUGAGAAGUUUUGUUAUUAUUCACCCUUUAGACUCUUUAAUGCAAGUUUUUUAAGUUAAAUAUUCAGAAUGUGUGGUUAUUGGCUUUCUAGUAAGCAGAAGACUACAAAUCACUGCAUGUAAGGAAAGCCUUAUUUGACCUCACAUAGUAGCUAGAAAUAGUAAGGCUUAGCUGUAAAAGAAUAAAGAGAAUUUGUUACUGAUACUUGCAGAUGCAGUUGGAGCUAGACAUGAAGGAUUUUGUCAUGAGCAGUGUUCCCUCUUAUACCACGCCUCACCUUUGCCUUCUCUAACCUAAUGUUAACUUACCCAUUGUUGCCUGUGACUUGGGAUAAAUCCUUUACGCCUCCAUUUUUUCCUAUUUGGAGAAAACCUGUUCAGGUUCUGUUCUGACUAGCCCCAAACCUACUUUGUGCUGUGAGGGUGAAAUUUGAGAUGCCAUUAGUAUACAUUUAUUGUGUAAUUUAAAGUAUACAGACAAAUUCUAUAAGAAAUAAGGUAAAAUUUUUUGAAAGUUUGUAGUAUGUACUUCUAGCAAAAGGUUAAGCUAGUCUUAAAGAGAAUCAUUUAUAGAUAACUGAUUACACCUAAAAUUUGUAUUGUUUUGUUUUGUUUUUGGGUGGUGCUAGAGAUCUAACCCAGGACCCCCAUGUGUGCUAGACAAGGUUCUCUACCACUGAGCUACAUCCCUAGCCUGGUAAUUCUGAAAUUUUCUAAAGGGUAUAAACAUAAGAUCUUUAGCAUGGAAAACUGUCUUAUAUUUGAACUCUUCUCUAACAUACUUAAGAGGGAAUUUUAGAAUCAAUAGUUGAGGAGAGCAAAGAUGGUCCACAAGGACCAGGGUUCAUAUCCUACAUUGGUCAGCUCACAAAUGCCUGAAUUCCAGCUACAAGACAUCCUGCGCCCUCUACAGGCCUACUUGAGCCCCUAUAACACACAAACAUGUGCAAACACACAAAUAAUAAAAAUACAUCAAAAAAUUACUAGUCUGUAGCUUUGAGCAGUUCUUUGGGGAGGGUUUAUCAUCAUUUUUUUUAACUUUAUACAAUUCUAACUUGUAAAUGCAUAGAACUAGAAUAUUUCAUGGGGCUCAUAAUCUAAACUUUAUCCAGAAAAAAACCCUAAAGUCAUGUAGAAGUAAACUAGAUUUCAGAUCACCAGUUAGAGUAACUCCAUAUUUGAGUUUAUAACACUUUUAACAUCUUUUACAAUGUAAAUGUUUCUCUUUAGGUGUUAGGCAUUUAAUGCAUGUGUGCACAUGUAUGCAGGUGUGCAUAUUUACAAAAGCCUGAGAAGGAUCUUAGAUGUCUUCCCCUACCAACUCUUUUAUUUUUGUGAGACCGCGUCUCCUACUGAGCCUGCACUCCCCAUUUUUGGUUAGGCUGGCUGACUUAAGGAAGCUGAGAUUCACCUGUCUCCGUGCCACAACAGCGUUACCUGGCUGCUUUUGUGGAUCUGGGGAUUCCUUGCAUACAGACUGAGCAUAGAGAUACUCUCUUUUUAGACUCAGCUAAUGUUCAUUAGACAUCAAGAUAUAAUGUUGAAAUUGAGUUCUUAUAAUGUGAAAGGAACUUUAUAAAAAUCAAAUAAUAUGGCUCCUCUUGUUAACUGUACUUAACUAUAUUACAAAGCAUGUGAAAUAGUGUUGUUUUUAGAGGAAAAGAAUAAAGAGCAGUGAAAAGAGUGUGAAACUAAGAUCCUUUGCGUCUAAGAUCUAACACAGCAGCUAAAAUGCCCUCAAGUCACCAAAGGACCUGCUAUGAAGAGUAGGUGAAAAUGUGUGUAGGAGAGAAGUUUUAGAAAAGUGGAGUGCUGGCCGGGCAGUGGUGGCGCACACCUUUAAUCCUAGCACUUGGGAGGCAGAGGCAGGUGGAUUUCUGCGUUCAAGGCCAGCCUGGUCUACAGAGUGAGUUCCAGGACAGACAGGGCUACACAGAGAAACCCUGUCUCAAAAAGAAAACUGGAGUUCUUUACAAAUCCUGACUGUUUCAAAGCUACUUCCAGCCUCCCUGGUACCAGAUGAGUUUGCUCAUGAAACGUUGGUAAGAAACAGUGGAGGGAUGAGGAUUGGUUCUAAAGCUGAAUCAUGUGGGUUAGGAUUAGCUUCGAGAGGGAAGGACGACAGGGAUGAGCCUAGGGCCUUCAACAUGACAAGCAUAUCAGCUAUAUAACCCAUUCGAGUAAGCUUUUUAUUACUAAUGAGGGAAACUUUUUAAUACUACUAAUUCCUCUCACAUGACAAAGAGGUAAAUAGAGGCUUCAUGACCUGUUUUUAAGUUCACUAACUGAUUCAUGAUAGUUUGUCCACAUGUGACGUUCUGAUUGUUCCAGUGGGUUUGUUGUUGUUGUUAUUUUUAUUUUUUUAAUGUAUAUUGGUGUUUUGACUGCAUUUAUGUCUCUAUAAGGAUGUCAGAUCCCCUGGAACAGGAGUUACAGACAAUUGUGAGCUGCCAUGUGAGGUCUGGUUUUCUGGAAGAGCAGCCAGCUCUUAACUGCUGAGCCAUCUCUCCAGCCCCUGUUCCAAUUGUAAUUUAUUUGAACUAGAUUGUAAAUUAUUUCCAUGUGGUAGCUGUGACACUGAGUUAAUCUACUGUUUGUGUAUGUGCUUGUGUUUCAUACUGAUGUACUUCCUUGUGAAAGCCAAAGGUCAGCCAUGGGUGUCGUUUCUCAGGGACAACUAGUUUGGUUUGGUGUUGAAGAAGAGAGAUAGGGAGGGACGGGGAGGGCGGGAGAUGGGGAGGGGAGGGGAGGAAGAGGAGAGAGUGCCUGCUUGCACAUAGUAAAGCUAGAAGAGCAUCAAACCCUCUGGAAUUGGAAUGACAGUUGGUUUAAAAUGACUAAUGUGAAUGUUAGAAACCAAACUAGGGUCCUCUGGGACAGCUGCAAGUACUCUCUUAACCCCAGUGCCAGCUCUCCAGUCCCCCAGCUUGUUUUUUGAUGCAGUCUCUCCUUGGCCUGGAGCUGCUCAGACUAGGCUGGCAGGACCACACCCCCAGGGAUCUGUCUGCUCUGAGAUUACAGGUGCACACCAACACAUCUGGCUUUUUAUGUAGGUUUUGAGGAGUGAACUCAGUUCCUCUUACUUACCAUUAGCUGUCUUCCCAUCCCUGUUUGAUAAACUUAAAGCCAUACACAAAAUUUCUAUUUUUCAAAGUUCCAUUGUGUUAAUUGGGAGAGAGAGGUAUGUAUGCUUGGAAGGAAUCCCAAGCUAUUUAAGAAAAUAGCUGAACAAAAAAUGAACAGAAACUGCACACGUUUAUGAGAUGAGAGAGACUGAAAAUAAUUAGGUUUUGCCACUUAAUGCUAGGAGUAAAAUGAAUUUACUUCAAGACCAAUAAAUUCUAUUUUUCUUGAAGAUAAUGUGAGCUAUUCACAUUAUCUUUUCUUCCCAUUUUUAUUUAAAGAAUGUCUGCAUAAUUUCCCAGUGUUUGCAGAGGACUACCAGAAGUUAAAAUGGGCAUGGUUUUGAGAUUUGUCUUUAAGGGCUUAAGUUUUCUUAACUCACUAUAUACAUAUGCACACUACAUUAAUUUAUUAAAUAAUUGGAAAGUAUAGUGAGUGUAAUUUCUGAAAAACAAACUUGUUUUAAAAAAGAUCAGGAACACCAAAUGCCCUAGACAGCAAACCCAGGUGGUUCUGGGAGGCCUUGUCCUGAGCACUGUCACUCUCUCCUUUUUCUGCCGAUUGUUGUAAGGGCAUUUCAUCUCAACGAACCAUCUUCCCCCAAAUCUUUCCUACCUGCAAGAUUGCGUCCCAGUCUGCAAUUGGAGAUGACUCCCUCCCCAUUCUGUCACCUGAAGAUAUCAAAAUGCUGUACUAGUUUUAAUAUCCCCAGGGCACCAGUUUCCUGCUUUUGCACUUCCUCCCUACUUGACAAAACUUCUUUAAAGCCUCUUCAAAAUACCUUUGAAGUUGGCCUGUGCUUACAUGUUGAGGACAGAGGUCAGUGUUAGCUUUUUGUCUUUAGCCACUCUCUACCUUAUCUUCUGAGACAAGAUCUCUCAGUGAACCUGGAGCUCACUGAUUCAUCUAGAUUAGCUUCACUAGGUAGCCUUAGGGAUCCUAACUGAGGUUCGCGUGUAUGUAGCAAGCUCUUCACCAUCCAUCUCCUGGCCCUUGAAGCCUUUCAUAUAUUAUGUAUUUUAAAGUGAUAAUCCUUUUGUGUGCUCCCACUGCUUUGGAACCUGUUCCUUAAGUAGCUAUUGUUCCUUAAAGUAACUAUUAAUUGCAUCUCUUGGACAUGAACUCCUUGAAAUUGGAAAUGACCAUGUUUCUUAUUGUACUUUUUAGGGGGUGGGGGAGGGGAAGACAUUCGAGUGGAUAAACUCAGUCAUUAAGCUGAACUAAAAAAGUUCAGGAUUAGUAAAAUGCUCUUGGAGCCUAAGAAGUGAUUUAGAUAGAAAUAUCUUGACGGACACAGUCCAGUCAAGCCUAGACAGAUCCAGAAGGGACAGAUCUCCCAUCUUUAUAUAAGAGUCCUUACAAAUACUUAGCUUAUAGUAUGUUUUUUUUUUCCUAUUUGAUCAAUAACACUAUCCUUUUUCAGUGUUUUUAUAAAUCUCCAAACCAAAAAAAAAAAAAAAAAUUAGUUUCCACAGCCUGGCAGUGGUGGUACAUGCCUUUAAUCCCAGCACUCAGAAGGCAGAGGCAGGCGGAUUUCUGAAUUCGAGGCCAGCCUGGUCUACAAAGUUCUACAAAACAAAAAACAAAACAAAAAAACAACAACAACAAAAAAUUAGUUUCCACUGAUAGAUCUCCAAACCUCUCCCUAGCCAAAGGCCAUUUGAUUAAUAUUCCUAAAUUGAGUUUAAAAUUCUAAUGAGCCAAUACAUCUUUCAAAAUGUGGGAACUUGGAAGAAUGGAAGGAGUGAUAUAAUUAGCAGAAUAACCCCACACAUCCAAAGAUUUUUAACCCUAACCCACCAUCACCACAAAAGAAGCAAUUGAAAUGUUUGCUUCACUAGGCAUGUUGCAGGUGUGCUUAAAGACAUGGGCUUACCUUUGUGAAGGAUAGCUAGGAUUAUCUGGUAAGCCCACUUGUGAUCACAGGAAUCCCUAAAAGUAGAAAACGUCCCAGCUUGGUGUGAGCUCAGGCUAAGGAAGAGAGAUGAGAAGCUUGACUGCUGGUUCUGAAGACAAAGAAGAAUUAAAAGCCAAGGAAUGUAGAUGGUUCUAGAACUACAAACACGUGAAUUCUGCCACCAACCGAAAUCUACAAGUAAACAUAACCUCCUUAGAGCUUCCAGAAAACAAAACAGUCUUACUACUGCUUUUAUUUUAACCUUGUUGUGAGAGUUCUGUGGAUGGAUGGAUGGAUGGAUGGAUGGAUGGAUGGAUGGAUGGAUAGAUAGAUAGAUAGAUAGAUAGAUAGAUAGAUAGAUAGAUAGAUAGAUAGAUAGAUAGAUAUUGUAUGGUAAUUAGCAGUAGCAUUGGAAAACUAUAGCAGAGCUAAAGAGGUGGCUCAGUGGGUAGGAGCUCCUGCUGUAUAAACAUAGGGACCUGAGUAGACUCCAACACUCAUAAAAACCUUGGCUUGGCCACCAGCCUAACUCCUGGUUCAGUGAGACCUCGUCUUAAAGGAAGAAGGUCAAAUUUUAUAGAGCAGGACAUUGGAUAUACACACACACAUGCAUGCAGGAGAAAGGGGGGAACUAAAGCAAGUCAAAGAAUCUGAGCUGUAUGUAAUUGAAUGAACUAAAAACAAACCUUGUUAAUACAGGAUUCACAAUGUCUUGUAGAAUACUAGAUUAGAAUACAGUACAGGCAUAUUUUUGUCAGCUCUCACAGGGCAGAGAUUAUAGAGCCCUUAAAGGCUUAAGAAUUAUCUCAGUUUCUGUGGGUCAGAAAUCUGUGUGUGGUGUCUCUUGGUUCUCUGUCUCAGAGUUAAAUCAAGGUGUUCAGCUAGAGGUGUAGUAUCCUCAUAUGGGGUACAUAUCCUCUCCUACCUGAGGUUGCUGGCAGAUUUUAGUUGGAAAAUGGGGGUCUCUAUCGUCCGGGUCUCAGUUCCAGAAUACAGUUCCUUGCCAUCGUCACCAUAGGCAAUUCACAGCAUGGAUUGUUUGCUUUCUUCCACAUGAGCUCAUUUCUAACUUGUCUAAAAUAAGAACUCAAGAUUAGGUCAGAACCUCCCUAGUAAUCAGGAUAAUCUCUCCAUUUAAAAGUGAACUGAGUCAGGUUUGGUAGUACAUGCCUUUAAUCCCAGCAUUCUGAAAGCAGAGGCCAGACUGGGCCACAUAGUGAGUUCCAGGGCAGUCUGAGCCUCUGUCUCAGAAAAACAACAAAAUUAAGCUGAUUUAAGGCAUAAUUUUACAUCUCUAAAAUCUCUUUUCAGGAGUACCUAAAUCUGUGUCUAACUCCAGGCAAGAAUAUUCUCUCCUAACUGGCCAGGAGCUUGCUAUUUAGUCCAAGCUGGCCUCAAGCUCAAAAACCCACCUGUCUCUGGUAUGAACCCACUACACA